UCUGUGACACGCUGCGUCCGACAGCAAAACAAGACCGACCGGAGAGCUCGUGAUGAAAGAAACCGAAGCAAACCGGAGCGAAACGGUAUGCUAAAGGGCUAACAAGCUAACAGGCUAACGCAGUCAUUAGAUGAGAAGCUAACAGUUAGCAGCGUAUCUGGCGUCUCAGGAGCAGAACCAUCAGCCCAGCCCGUCAACAUGCAGGCGGAGUUUCGGGCUCCUCGGCGGCGCAUACGGGUGCAGGAGGAAUACGAGGCUCCGUUCCCGCUGAGCCGCAGCCCGGAGGACAGGACAGACCUCCAGGCGGAGCUCAUCAACCAGCACGUGCUGGUCUGUCAUCCGAGCCACAUCCAGAGGAUCCACAGCCAGGGUUAUUUUGGGAAAGGCAUCCUGUCCAGAACCAGACCCGACCAUAGCAUCUCCGACCAGUGGGAGCAACACGGAGGGUUGUUUCUACCUGUCAUCCCACAGUCCAGGUAUGAGGAGCUGCUCAGGUGGGCAAGGGCAGCUCUCUCUGCUCAGGGAGUGGAUGAUGAGGCUGUCACUCAAACGCUGCUCAGACUCUCCCAGCCCGUAGAAAUGGAGGAUGUGAGGAGGGAGGUGGAGGGGGGAGAGAACGGACAGAAGGUGGAGGAGGUGGGUGAGGGGCCCGGGCUGGAGGGCAGAAUCUGUCCCCAUGGGAAGAGGCUGAGGCGGGGGUCAGAGGUCGAGACGGAGGCCAAGAGAAGCUGCAGGUUGGAUGUUGAAGACCUGAACCUUGAUCACAGCUCAGACCAGGACUCUGACUCCAACCCUGAUAUUGACCCUGUCUCUGACACCAGCUCUGACUCUGAUCCUGAGCCUUUGGUUCCAGGUCCUGGUUUUGUCCUGGUGGUCUGUGACAGUGAGGAUGGCGGGGGGGUCAGGGAGGUCAGACGGACUCCGUUCGCUCUGUCAGAGUACCUGCAGCUCGGUCUGGAGGAGGCCUUCUUCCUGGUCUACAGUCUGGGCUGCCUGUCUGUCUACCUGCACCAGGAGCCCCUGUCAGUCAUCCAGCUGUGGAGGAAGUUCCGAUCCCUGUGUCCUGACUUCGUUAGCUUGUACGCAGCCUAUCAUCACUGUCGCAGCAGGGGGUGGGUCCCUAAAGGAGGGGGCGGGGCCAAGUACGGUGUUGACUUCAUCCUGUACAGGAAAGGCCCGCCUUUCUACCACGCCAGUUACUCGGUGGUAGUUGAGCGGGUUGACGAUGUGUUCAGGGGCUCGGCGCUGCGUCCGUUCUCGUGGCGUUCUCUGGCAGCCCUCAGCAGGAUCACUGCCAACGUCUCCAAGGAGCUGAUGUUGUGUUACAUCAUCUAUCCAGCUGACCUAUCAGAGGCUGAGCUGGACUCACCUGAGUGUCUGAGCAGGCUGAAGGUUCAGGAAGUGAUCGUCAGCAGGUGGGUUUCCUCCAGAGAGCGAGCGGAGCAGGACGACCUCUGAACCAGGCAGACAGAAGACAAAGUGGCAAAACAGACAAAUGACACGGAGUCAGGAGCGAGUCAGAGAGCAGAAGACAAACAUGGAGGCUGAAGUCAUGUCGGCGUGUCUGUGAAUGUGUCGCUGAGAGAUUUUUUUUUAUUAUUAAAAGGAAACAUCAGAAA